AUGUGCGAUGCAAGUGACUAUGCUGUGGGAGCAGUUCUUGGGCAACAAAAAGAUAAAGUCAUGCAUCCGAUAUACUACACAAGUAGAACCUUGGGCGGCGCCCAACUGAAUUACACAGUGAUAGAGAAGGAGAUGCUAGCUGCGGUGUUCUCAUUUGAUAAAUUCAGGUCAUACCUGAUAGGCUCAAAGGUAAUUGUUUACACUGACCAUGCUGCCCUCAGGUACCUAAUUGAGAAAAAUGAGUCAAAGCCGUGCCUAAUUCGAUGGGUGCUACUGCUACAAGAGUUCAACUUGGAAAUCCGGGACCGAAAGGGAACAAAAAACCAAGUUGCUGAUCAUUUGUCCAGGAUUUGUCUUGAUAACAUGAUCCGGAGAUGCAUUCCUGAGAUAGAUCAAUCUUCUGUUUUGCAAGCAUGUCAUGCUUCACAGUAUGGAGGACAUUUUGGAGGUGUAAGGACAACUGCUAAAUUGUUGGAGUCAGAAGCCGUGGCACUUCCAACAAAUGAUGCGAAGGCAGUUAUUGGUUUCCUGAGAAAAAACAUCUUCGCCCGAUUUGGUACUCCAAGAGCUAUUAUCAGUGAUGGGGGCACCCACUUCUACAGCCGAUCCUUUGCAAAGUUGUUGGAGAAAUAUGGCGUUCGCCAUAAAGUUGCUACUGCGUAUCACCCACAAAUAAGUGGGAAAUUUGAGGUGUCAAACAGAUAA